AUGAUUGAGGAGCUUAUUGAAAGCCCAUUUGUCAAAUUUGUUCACAACCGCGCUCCCAUUCCGCAUUUGGCUCCGACUCACCCCUUGUUUUAUGUUGCUGAGUUCUUGUGUUUCACACAACAUGUGCAGUACGAGAAAUCGGGUGGAUUGGUCUUCAUUUCUGACUACCAGGGGUCUGAGUCGCUGUUGAGCGACCCGCAGAUCAUGACAGCGCCUGAUAUAUCAAAGGAGACCAUGUUCGGUGGUGGCAAUGUUGGUUCACUAUUCACAGUGUUUCCUACCAAGCACAAAUGCUCCGGAUAUUGCCGUUUCUUUGGAUUGAAGCCACUCGUUUAA